GCACACCCAGGGGGGUAUGUAGGGCUGGGAGGUGCAGUCACACAGCCGGUGGGGUCACAGCAAGGGGUUAUUGCACACCUGGCGGGGGCUGCUGCACACGUGAUGAGGGUUAUAGCAGGGCUGGAGCAGGACUUGCACAGCCGGCAGAGCCGGAGGGUUGUUGCAAAGCUGGAAGGUAGGUCACACACCUGGCAGGAGUUGUUGCACACCUGGUGGAGGCUGCUGCACGGCUGGGACUGACUUGCACACCUGGCAGGCAUGUUGCGAAGGUGGGACGUGGGUCACACGCCUGGCGGCGGCUGUCGCGUACCGAACGAGGGCACGGCCAAGCUGGCAGGCGGUUUCAGACCCGGCAGGGGCCGUUCCGCACCGGAGGAGGCUGUCGUGCACCGGGCCGUGCUGCCGCGCCCCCGGGACGGCCGGGCCGGGGCGGGAGCGAGCUCGGUGCGGGGGGCGGUGCCGGUGCCUCCCUGUGUCCCUCCUCCCUCGCCGCUCCUCCCCGCCCCGUGCGGGCGCCAUGGCGGGCCCGGGCGGUGCAGGGGACGCCGGGGAUGUGCUGAGCGGCGGCAGCGAGCGGCGGUGCCGGGCGCGGCUGGCGGCGGGAGCGGGGGGCGCGGCGGCGGCGGCCGCGGUGCUGGUGCCGCUGUGCUCGGUGCGCGGCCGCCCCGCGCUGCUCUUCACGCUCCGCUCCCGCCGCCUCGCCGGCCCCCACAGCGGCGACGUCAGCUUCCCCGGUGGGCGGCGGGACCCGGCGGACGGGGACGCGGUGGCCACGGCUCUGCGGGAGACGCGGGAGGAGCUGGGGGUGGCGGUGGCACCCAGCAGCGUCUGGGGACAGCUUCGGACACUGCCCGACCGGCAUGGAAUGACCGUGGCACCCGUCGUGGCCAACCUGGGGCCGCUGGAGGCCUUGACACUGAACCCCAACCCUGACGAGGUGGAGGAGGUGUUCACCCUGCCCCUGGCUCACCUGCUCCGCGAGGAGAACCAGGGCUACACCAACUUCCGUACGGCCAGCGGCUAUGGAUACACCUUGCCCGUGUUCCUCAACGGCCCCCACAAGGUGUGGGGGCUCACAGCCAUCGUCACCGAGCUGACCCUGGAGCUGCUGGUCCCUGGCCGCUACCGCAGGAAGACCCACGUGCCUCCCAGGAAAGCCCCAGCCUGAGCGGGGAGCGGCAGGGGGAGGCUGUGGGGUCCCGUGCCUUGGUUCUCCACCUGUGCACGGGGGACACGGCUCUGAGCCCAGCACUGAUGUCGCACACUGUGAUUCAGUAAAAGCCAUGUUUGGAACUGC